AUGUCAUCUUUUCUAUGGUUUAAUCAUUCUUCCAUUGCCAUCAUUCAUUCCUACGUCACUUCAUCAUCUCGUUAUCGACUUUUUUCCUUAUGCUGUUCUUUUUAUCAUUUUGAAGUAUAUUUCACCCUGUGGCGACUGUUUUCCGUCCAUGUAUUUAUAUUCAUUCUCCUCGACUCAAAUGUCCUCGUAUCACUUCCAUUUCGGAUGUAUCCGUCUCAAAUCGUUCAGCAAUCAUUUAUCUACUCUACUGAGCUCAUUUCACAUACCAUUUUGUAUUAA